AAAGUCAGGUUCCCUUCCCCAGCCUGGAAAAGAGGGACUUGCUAAACACGGUUGUUCCGCCAAGCAAAAGAGCACACACUCUCAUAUUUCUUUAAGAGAGAAACAGGCAAAUUAUGUUAUGUAAUGAAAUUUCGGGUUCUGAAAGUCCGCUAUGGAAUGUCUGUCUAAUCAUGAAGACUUCCAGUGGUGUGUGUGUGUGUGUGUGUGAGCGUGCGUUAGUGUGUGUGUGUGUGUGUGUGUGCGUGUGUGUGUGUGUGUGUGUGUGUUUCUUCGUCAAUUCUUCCUGGUCCUGAUUUUGCAUUUCCAAUGAAAGUGAACUGACAAAGCGUGGAAGUGGUCUCAAGCGGAAAAACAAAGGCGCGAGCCUCCCCUGAGAGUGCCAAGGCUAAUCAAUAUUCCAGAAACCCUGGGGUUCCCCCUCCUCCCCUCCUCUUCGGCGGUGUUUUCAUUUUCCCCCUACUCCCCUCUCCCGGAUCCCAGUCUCCUCCCCUUUCCUUAAGUUGCCCUGAUAGUAAGUUGCUGUUUCAGAGCGGAGCACAUGCGGAGUGUCAGCGCCAGCCUGGCCCUCUCUCCCUGCAUUUGUUAGCGGUCGCUCUACCUGCUGGGGGAUUUUACCUCGUUCCUUGCCUGUUGGGGCUCCAACGCACUGCGGAAUCUUUAAACCUGUGCUGUCUGGUACUAAGGAAGAGAAGCACCUUGGCUUUUCCUGGGGAGGAGAUUUGGCAGUGCUGAUCAAUCUUCAUAGAAGAUAGCACCUCCAGAAGCCUGAUGACUAAAAGUAAUGGAGAAGAGCCCCAGCUGAGGGGUAGAAUGGAGCGAUUCCAGCAAGGAGUCCGAAAACGGACACUCUUGGCUAAGAAGAAAGUUCAGAGCAUCACAAAGGAGGAUGUUAAAAGUUAUCUAUUUCGGAAUGCCUUUGUUCUCCUCACUGUCACCGCUGUCAUUGUGGGUACAAUCCUUGGAUUUACUCUCCGGCCAUACAAAAUGAGCUACCGGGAAGUUAAAUAUUUCUCCUUCCCAGGAGAACUCUUAAUGAGGAUGUUACAGAUGUUGGUGUUACCCCUCAUCGUCUCCAGCUUAGUCACAGGGAUGGCUGCCCUAGAUAGUAAAGCCUCAGGGAAGAUGGGAAUGAGAGCAGUGGUCUAUUACAUGACCACAACAAUCAUUGCUGUAGUGAUUGGCAUAAUCAUUGUCAUCAUCAUUCAUCCUGGGAAAGGCUCAAAGGAGAACAUGCACAGAGAAGGCAAAAUUGUGCAAGUGACAGCUGCAGACGCCUUUCUUGACUUGAUCAGGAACAUGUUCCCUCCCAAUCUCGUGGAAGCCUGCUUUAAACAGUUUAAGACCAACUAUGAGAAGAAAAUAUUUAAGGUGUCUAUCCCGCCCAAUGAAACCAUUUUAGCUUCUGUGAUAAACAAUGUGUCAGAGGCCAUGGAAACCCUCACCCGUCUAAAAGAGGAGAUGGUCCCAGUUCCAGGGUCUGUGAAUGGAGUGAACGCAUUGGGGCUGGUUGUCUUCUCCAUGUGCUUUGGACUGGUGAUUGGGAAUAUGAAGGAACAAGGGCAAGCACUGAAAGAUUUCUUUGAUUGCCUUAAUGAGGCUAUUAUGAGAUUGGUGGCCGUAAUCAUGUGGUAUGCUCCACUUGGUAUCCUCUUCUUGAUUGCUGGAAAAAUUGUUGAGAUGGAAGAUAUGGGAGUGAUCGGUGGCCAACUGGCCAUGUAUACCAUAACCGUCAUCAUUGGAUUGCUCAUCCAUGCAGUUAUUGUACUCCCACUUUUGUACUUCUUGGUAACUCGCAAAAAUCCCUGGGUUUUUAUUGGAGGCUUACUGCAGGCGCUCAUCACAGCUUUGGGGACAUCCUCCAGUUCUGCCACCCUCCCCAUCACUUUUAAGUGCCUGGAAGAGAACAACGGAGUGGACAAACGUGUUACCAGAUUUGUGCUACCAGUGGGUGCCACCAUCAACAUGGAUGGGACUGCUCUGUAUGAGGCCCUGGCUGCCAUCUUCAUUGCUCAAGUUAAUAACUUUGAGCUGAACUUUGGGCAAAUUAUUACCAUCAGCAUCACAGCCACAGCUGCCAGCAUUGGAGCUGCCGGGAUCCCUCAGGCAGGGCUGGUCACUAUGGUCAUCGUGCUGACUUCUGUUGGGCUACCCACAGAUGACAUCACCCUCAUCAUUGCCGUGGAUUGGUUCCUGGAUCGUCUUCGUACCACCACCAAUGUUCUAGGAGACUCUCUUGGAGCAGGAAUUGUUGAGCACUUAUCACGACAUGAGCUGAAGAAUCGAGAUGCAGAAAUGGGUAAUUCUGUGAUCGAAGAGAAUGAAAUGAAGAAACCCUAUCAACUCAUCUCCCAGGAAAAUGAAACAGAAAAACCCAUUGACAGUGAAACCAAGAUGUAGACCAGAACAACAAAAUAUAAAUUUUCCAUCCAGUUGCAUCUCAUUUUCCAGAAAUCUUUGUCUUGCUCUCUCCUCCUGAUUGGAUAACAUUGAAAUUAAUGGUCAACAAAUUUUUGAUGAGGGCAAAAUGUAUGGUUACCAUUCUGUUUCUCAAAACAAAAGAAAAAAUGAAGAGUUAUCUACUGGUCUUGCCUAGGUAUGUGCAAAAAGAGAUCAGAAAGAUUGUUGACCAAGUCAACAAAAAAAUGCAAGUGUAAAUGGCACACUCAACCCUGCAAAUGUGAUCUUGUUUUUUAUAAGCUGGAAAGUCAAAAUUAGGUAACAGAGGCUGAUAAUAUUUUAUUUCUUAACUCCUAUCUCAAAAUUUCUGGAUUCAUCAGAACUCAAACAGAACACAAUUGGUCCCAAAAUAUAACUUAACUUGAUAUAAUUGCAACCAGAUGAAAGAUGGGCAAACAAAAUCUCUCUUUAUCUGACUUGUGAUUUACUGUCUCAUCUCACUAAUAGCAGCACCUAUGUAAAACUACACAGGAAAGACCAGCGCCAGGGGCUGCUGACCAUGAAAUAUCCACCAUCUUUGAGUCCAUCCUGGCAUCUUGAAGCCCAAGACUUUUCUUAAAGGAGAAGAUUGGCAGGGAGAAUAUUUCUAAGAAAGAGAUGGCAGGAUGGUUCCCCAGUACUAGGUCAGAAGCCAUCUUUUCCAAAUUGGCAGCUGUGCAAGGCACCAAAUAAGAGGUCAUUCCAGGAGUGAAACCACCAAAUCCCCCACCCAUGCUUUGGAAAGAGAGAGGAGAGGACUGAAAGAAGUUGAACUCCCUUUCCUGUUCUUCCCAAUAGGGGGAAUUUGGGGGGGCAGGGGGGAUUGUUACCCACUAUAUCUACUAAGGAUAGUUAUUUAGAAAAUAAAACUGAAAACUAAUGGGGUGCUCAAGCUUUUACUGGCACUAGGAAAAACAUAAAGUGCAAGAUAGUGACUGGAUGGAAUACUUUUCAGAAAUGUAAAAAGAAUUGUAAAGAGCACUGUUAUAAGUCUUCACUAGGGAAUAUAAGCAGAGAGAAUAAAAAGGGGAGAGAUUUAAAAUGAUUUUUACUCUUACGUGUUUUCUGUUCUGUCCAAAAUUAUUCCCCAAGGAAACCUGAAGUUCAAAAUAUCAAUGCUGUAUUUUUUUCAUAUUUCAUGCAUUUUGAAUGAGUCAAAAUGGAAGAAAUUUAUCAUGCAGUUAGAGAUGGCAAGGACGUACAAAGUUGAGUAAGGGCCUCUUAUGUGAAAAUGAACUUUGUGAUCAGAUAUUCCAUGAGUAAGGAAAUGAGACAUUUGUUUAGGUUAGAAUUCCAUGUACCAAAUUAUUCAUAAUAUUUGGCUAUAUCAUCUUUAGUCCUAAAAGAAAUGACAGAUGAUUGGUGAGGUAUUGUUCAUUGGAUUUAAGGAAGGGAUAAGUGUUUAAAGCAAGGCAUCUCCUUGGUGUUGAGGCAAGAGACAGGUACAAUUUUUCCCCUUAGCAAUAUCCAGUGAAAAUGGUCAUGUGGUAGCUGUCAGACAAUGCAAGCUGUGCUUGAGUUUAUAAGAGAAAGUAGCAAAGGAUGGAUUUGCUUUUGCUAACAGAUUGUAUAUCUAGACACACAUCCUCUCAUAUGUAAUUAGAACUAUUUUUAUAGAAAUUCAGUGCAUUAUGUGCCUAUAAAAAGUUAAUGUUAGUCUAUAUGAAAUAACAUUUAAUGUUUAUUAUGGCUCAAUUUGGAAAAUACACUACAAAGACUUCAUGCAAGUAUCUCUGAAAUCUUUGGAGAAAAUGGAUUGCGACACAAAACAUAUCAUGAGGUUUUUGUUUUUUUAAUACUAACUCUGUUUCUUAUAGAAAUCAAGUCCUCUAGGAUAAUCCCCAUCUACCCUUUAUUGGCUUUGCAGGUAGAUACAUCCACUGUGGACUGAGAAACCUUACUUUGUAGAUGUAUUUUCAAUAAAAAAAAAUAGUUUUACAUUA